AUGCCUGUCACAACGUUUACUACCCCCGAGAAGUACAAAUACCAGAAUGGCUUCAAUUCUUACCACGAGUCAGAAGCCGUCUCAGGAGCUCUCCCAAUAGGGGCCAACUCUCCCCAAAAACCUCCCUACGGCCUCUACGCUGAGAAGCUGUCCGGCACAGCAUUCACAGCACCCCGCCACGAAAAUCAGCAAUCAUGGCUCUACCGGAUCCUCCCAGCAGCCGCACACUCCCCCUUCAUCCCCCGUGAAGCCUCUACAUACAACACAAACCCAGAAGGUGACAAAAUCCACCAGGUCCCUAACCAGCUACGCUGGGAUCCGUUCGAUAUGGACGAGACGGUCGAUUGGGUGCAUAGCUUAAAAUUGGUUGCGGGAGCUGGUGAUCCGACGAUGAAGGCGGGACUCGGGAUUUUUAUUUUUGCUGCGGGGAAGAGUAUGAGUAAGAAUGAUGCGUUUUAUAGUGCUGAUGGGGACUUUUUGAUUGUGUUGCAGCAUGGGGUGCUGGAUAUUCAGACGGAAUUGGGACGGAUUCUUGUAAGACCGAACGAGAUCUGCAUUAUUCCUAGAGGUAUUCGAUACCGAGUAGAACUUCCAGCUGGUCCUGUCAGAGGAUAUAUCUUGGAAUUAUACCAGGGCCAUUUCCAACUUCCAGAAUUGGGUCCUAUUGGUUCGAAUUGCUUGGCCAACGCGAGGGAUUUCCAAGCGCCAGUUGCUGCAUUUGACGAAGAUACCAGUGGAGAAUACAACAUCAUCUCCAAAUUCAACGGUCAUCUAUUUGCUGCAAGUCAAGCACACACACCCUUCGACGUCGUAGCCUGGCAUGGUCUCUACUACCCAUACAAAUACGACCUAGGGCGCUUCAACACAAUCGGCAGCAUAUCCUUUGACCACCCCGACCCAAGUAUUUUCACCGUCCUCUCCGCACCCUCCGACCACGUCGGCACCUCCAUCGCCGACUUCGUGAUCUUUCCUCCCCGCUGGCUAGUCGGCGAAGACACCUUCCGCCCUCCCUGGUACCACCGCAACACCAUGUCCGAAUUCAUGGGUCUGAUCGGCGGCGAAUACGACGCCAAGUCAGGUGGUGGCUUCAGGCCUGCUGGUGCGAGUCUACACAACAUCAUGUCGGCUCACGGUCCUGACUCUAGUACGCAUGACAAGGCUUCGAAUGCAGAGCUCAAGCCGAUGAAGGUUGGAGAGGGUAGCAUGGCGUUUAUGUUUGAGAGUUGUCUGAUGGUGGGUGUUACGGAUUGGGGGCUGAAGCAGUGUAACAAGGUGCAAGAGGGGUAUAAUGAAGAGAGCUGGACGCCGUUGCCGGCGCAUUUUAAGGUUCCGGAGGGGGUGAAGAGGGUGAGUAAUUUGGUAGAUGGUGACGAUGGUGGGGCGCGGCGGGGUUAG